CAUAGUCCCUCAGAUCUUCUGACCUUUCAUGUCUUUUUUCCCUUAGUUUUAUUUGCUUUUUAUAAUCUCUUGAUCCAAGAGUUCAUGUUUACUUGUGACAGAAGUCUUGUAAUGAUAAUAUAGCAAAGUCUUGUCUUCUCUCUCUCAAAUAAAAAGAAAUGUCAUCUUUCGAAAUCUCUCACCUUGAUUUAGAGAAUGGUUCCGGUGAUCAGCGUCAUUACCGUCGAAGUGACGUCAGCGAGUUCGGAGAAGACAGCUCUUCCUGCGACUAUGACUACGAUUUUCACUCAGCUGUAAGGAGCUUUUGCGGCGAGUUUGAGUUUCCUGAUUUGGAGGACCUCUCAGAAUCAGAAUCGGAAACUUCUCGAUCAUCUCCGGAGGAGAAAGAUUGCCGGAUUUGCCAUUUGGGUUUAGAGAGUAGCCGCCGUGAAUGUGGAGACCCAAUGGUUCUUGGAUGUUCUUGUAAAGAUGAUUUGGGUUAUGUUCAUAAGCAAUGUGCCGAGACUUGGUUCAAGAUCAAGGGUGACAAGACUUGCGAGAUUUGUCGUUCGAUAGCUUUAAACUUCUCUAAAGCUGGCAACGAGAUUGAUCAAACAACCACGAUUGAAACCAAUGUGAGUGACGUGGAGGCUGGAAAUUCAUCCACGGUGGUGGCCACAAUGGAUUCCGAUGACCGGAGAUUCUGGAGAGGGAAUAAUAGGUUUCUUAACUUCCUUUUGACAUGUAUGGUUUCUGCAUUUGUAAUCUCAUGGUUCUUUCACUUCAACUUGCCUUCACAACAAUGAGGAACAAGAUUAAACAUCCUCUGUUUUUUUUUUUCCUUUUUUUUUUCUUUUGCUUUGUGUGGAAUUUGAUUCCUGUUUUA